AUGGCAUCCCAGAUCUCCAGGAUGUUUUUAUUGCUCCUUGUAAUGACAGUUAGUUUUGUGGUUUUCAUUCUAUCCCAGGAAUCUUUAUCAAAAAGUUGGACAAUUUUCUCAGGAAAACAUGAACUCGGAUGGGAAAACUUUUCGUUUAAUAUUAACCUCUGGGGACAGAAAGAAAAAACAGCUGUGGCUGAGACUCCAAUACCUCUCCUCUACAGAGGAAAUUUCACAAAGGCUCCUCAGUGGGAUUUUGAUGAUGUCUAUAACCAGGAUGCCCCACCUAGACCAACAACGUGUGCCCAAUCACUGCGAAACUCUAAGGAUGAGAACUUCAAGAAGGCUUUUCUUCCCAACAUACGUUUGUUUCUGCACAAGGACAACAUUAACAUGAGCGAGUGGAAUCGCCUUUCACAUUUUAACAAUCCUUUUGGGUUCAUGCAGUUCAAAUAUGAUGAAGUGAUGGCUUCAGUGAAGCUGAUUCCAAAGCCAAAAGAGCCACUGCUCCUCCCAAAACCAGGUGGCGAUGGCUGUAUUCACUGUGCUGUGGUGGGUACUGCAGGAAUUUUGAACGGCUCAAAAGUGGGUGCAGAGAUCGAUGCUCACGAUUACGUUUUUCGGCCAGGGACCUACUAUUCAGGGCAGUACAAUGAGAGCCGAUUCUACGUUCUACACCAGGACUUCCUCCGAUACGUGAAGAACAGCCGAGCAAAAAAUGUUGAUUCAACACAAACAAACCCAGUGACAGAACCGAAAUACUCUACACAUGAAGCCGUGGCUGAGACUCCAAUACCUCUCCUCCACCAAGGAAAUUUCACAAAGGCUCCUCAGUGGGAUUUUGAUGAUGUCUAUAACCAGGAUGCCCCACCUAGACCAACAACAUGUGCCCAAUCACUGCGAAACUCUCAGGAUGAGAACUUCAAGAAGGCUUUUCUUCCCAACAUACGUUUGUUUCUGCACAAGGACAACAUUAAUAUGAGCGAGUGGAAUCGCCUUUCACAUUUUAACAAUCCUUUUGGGUUUAUGGAGUACAAAUAUGAUGAUGUGAUGGCUUCAGUGAAGCUCAUUCCAAAGCCAAAAGAGCCACUGCUCCUCCCAAAACCAGGGGGCGAUGGCUGUGUUCACUGCGCUGUGGUGGGUACUGCGGGAAUUCUGAACGGCUCAAAAGUGGGUGCAGAGAUCGAUGCUCAUGAUUACAUUUUUCGGAUGAACGGUGCCAUUACCAAAGGUUUUGAGGAAGAUGUAGGAAAUAGAACAUCAGUGUACGUUCACACAGCGUACUCCAUCACUGCAUCACCUUCUGUUUUUGGGACAUAUGGAUACAAAUCUGCCCCUCAUGAUGAGGGAAUAAAAUAUGUGAUGAUUCCUGAGGGGAUAAGAGAUUUUCAAUGGCUCGAGGGUCUUCUCAAAGGGCAGCAGGUCUCUGGUGGCCAAUUUGACAAGGAAUGGCCAAGGGACUACUAUUCAGGGCAGUACAAUGAGAGCCGCUUCUACGUUCUGCACCAGGACUUCCUCCGAUACGUGAGGAACAGGUUCCUAAAGUCACCUAAUCUGAAUGAAACAUUCUGGCCAAUAGUCAGACCAACCAACGGAGCGUUCACUCUCUUCCUGGCUUUGCACACAUGUGAUACAGUGGAUGCAUAUGGGUUCAUGACUGAUGAAUACAUGAAAUACUCCAACUACUAUUUUGAGAAGUACAUUAAAAGUAAUGUAAUUUUCUAUGCCAACCAUGACUACAUUUUGGAGAAGAAUACAUGGAAAAACUUUCACAAAAGAAAAAUAAUAAAACUGUAUCAAAGAACAGAGCCAGAAACAAAGACAGAAACCCCGAAGCAACACUGA